AUUAUGAGUCAUUAAUACUAAUCCAUAUUUCAGUCUUUCGAUUUUCGUACUAUGUGUCAAAUUACGCUUUUUAAAAUCUAAAACGGUGAAAUGAAAUCCCUCAGUCUCGUUAUGGCGGAGUGUAGUUUUUUUGACUGCGCUAAUGGUUCGUGAACACCUCACAGGAAGUAGGAUAAGAACUACAAUACCCAUCUGCCCCCGCGGUCACUGGUUAACUAAUUACACGGCUGUUUCCAAUUGCGCUGAUGAGAGAUUUUCCAACUUCUUCAAAACCAAAUAUAACCGAAGGUAAGUUGUUUGGUUUUGUACUUUAUGUUUGUAGCUUUUUAUUUGCGUGUUUCAACACGUUAUUUUUAAUUAAUAGCAAUGGUAAAGUGGUUAAAUGGAUUGUUAUGCCAGCGGACUUUAAUUGCCAGCUGAGCUCGCGCACGCCUUCUCUAUCAAGCACAUUAGAAAGUCUGAUAAUAAAACAACUCCGAUAGUUGAAAUGGGAAUGUUUAGUGGUGUUUAUACUUUAAUCCAACUAGCUUCACCACGCAGUCGAAUAGUUAAUUUAUAUAAAAAAAAAAUCAAGCUUAAUUCUUUAAUGUUCUGUGCAACCGUUUGGUAGCCCACAUGUUGACUUAUUAUAUUUCUUUAACAAUUUUUAAAAAAUGUAACACAAGCUGAUUGGGCAACCCUUUGGUAGAGGCCUAUAUUUAAAUAAUUAUGGGGUCUGUUAAAAAAAAAAGUUAUAUAUUAUUAGCCUGGCCAAGCACAGCUCAUUAGUAGAUAUGAAUUUGUUUUGUUAAUAAUCUUGGUGUGGUGCGACUCAGUGCUGUAACUGUGAUCUGAUCUGUCUGAACAACGUGCUUUAUUACACUUACAAACAUGUUUUCAUCAUCAGAAACAUCACUGGGAAAAGAAAAACUCAAAAAUCACACUAACAUUUUCUGGUAGAGUUAAAAUGCCACGAAGGAUCAGCCCUCUCACAGAUGCCAUUUAUUAUGUCACUACCAAGAGUGACAAGACAUCUAAGCUAGAGGUGAAGUACAUAAGUUCAGAGAAAGGUAAGAAAUGUACAAACAUGCUUUUUUGUGUAAAAAAAAUCUGAAUCACAGAGAUUUUACAAAAUCAUGAAAACAGUCCAAUGAGUAUUAAAAUCACUAUUGUUACAUUGCCUGAGUAAAUAGUUCACUGUAUUUUCUUUAACAGGGAGUGGUAUCUUCACUCUAACUUCAUUUGACAAAGGUGAUUUUGUGGCAGAGUACCGAGAAAUGAUUGAUUUCAUCGAGUCUCAAAGAAGGAGAAGAAUUUACCACGAUGCAUGUGGUGUGUUUAUGUUCGACUUCAAGUGGAAGGGAAAAACUUGGUGUAUUGAUGCUGCAAAAGAAGAUGGAUCUUUUGGUAGGCUUGUUAAUGAUGACCACAAGCACCCAAAUUGCAGAAUGAAGAAGAUUGAAGUGGAUAGGAGGCCACAUCUUUGUCUCUUUGCAUUAAAAGACAUUAAACAAGGACAAGAAAUUACAUAUGAUUAUGGAGGAACAGACUGGCCUUGGCGUAGCAAGGUUAUGGAGGACAACCCUGAUGAGAACAAUGUCCAAGAAAAACAUCCAUCACAGUCUACAUCUCUUCUGGAUCAUAAUACUGCUACUAGUGCAUCAGUGACUGAACAGCAUUCUUCAUCAGAAGACAGUGAUGAACAAGAUAUGUGCAUACCAAGGUUAAGGAGGACCAAAAGUGUCUUUAUGAAAGACUUAAUUCCUGAUGCUUCAGAUGAGCUCUUUGAUUCUACUCCAGACAGUGGAGAGGAAUAUGUCCCAAACUCCAAAGAUGACAGUGAUGAGAGCAGUUCAGAGAGUAGCAUGAUCGUUAAACCUUUAAAUUUGUGUCGGUCAGACACAGACCCUGUUCUUCCCAGCAGUUCUGUCCCUGAUAGCACCACCCCAAAUGUCAUGGACAAAAGCAGUCAUGAGACCAUGGAAGUAACUGAUCAUUCUCAAGUUAGAGACAGUGAUGUAGCUUGCAUCAGUCCAACGAAUGUUCAGAAAAAUGCAAGAGUAGUUGUAAAUUCAGUCAAAAGAAAACAUGAUGGUGGUAGGGUAUACAAUAAGAAACACUAUUGUCUGUUUUGCUUCAAACCUUAUAACAAGAUGGCAAGACAUUUGGAAUAUGUGCAUUCCACUGAAAAAGAAGUAACUGAAGGAUGCCAGUUUCCAAAGGGUUCUAUGCAAAGAAAAAUGUUUUUUAAUGAUCUUCGACACAGAGGCAACUAUGCACACAAUGCAGCUGUAAUGAAGUCAGGCGAAGGAGAACUGGUUCCGUACAGACAACCACAAAAUCAAACAGAAGGCACUGAAUUUAUGCAUUGUGCAUAUUGCCAAGGGCUGUUUACCCGGAAGGUUCUCUGGAGGCAUAUGAAAAGCUGUAAAUUGAGCACUAAAGAUAAAAUAUCAAGACCUGGAAAAAAUCGUGUCCAAGCUCUCUGUUCAUAUGCACAACCUGUAUCUUCAAACAUAAGCAAAGCAUUAUGGAAGACAGUAAGCCACAUGAAUCUAGAUGAAAUCACAGCUGCUGUCAAAAAUGACUGCUGCAUCAUUCAGGUGGGAGAACACUUGCUGAACAAAGGUGGAAUAUCUGCUAAGAAUGAGGCAUAUGUCCGACAGAAGUUGCGAGAGCUGGGAAGGUUACUGGUCAGUGGCAGCAAAGUUGCAUCUUUGAAAAGAAUGGAAGAUUUCCUAGAUCCACAGAACUAUAUGAAGACAGUUAAAGCUGUUAGACAUGCAUGUGGAUAUGAUUAUCAAACCAACACAUACAGAACACCUUCACUUGCAAAAAAACUUGGAAUAAGCUUAAUGAAGCUUAGUAAGCUUACAAAAGCUAAAGCUUUGAUUAACAAGGAUGUUGACUUGGCACAGAAAGUCACUGGAUUUCAAGAUGUGCAUAAGGAACGGUGGUGUGAUUUGAUCUCUGCAACAGCUGCACGAAAUAUAGAAGAAUUAAAGUGGAAUGCACCUACUGUGUUGCCAUUUACAAAGGACGUGCAAAAGCUUCACACCUUCCUUGACAAAACACAAGAUGAAUGCGUCAAGCAGUUAUCAUCAGUGUCUUCUACAAAAUACUGGUCCGAACUUGCCAAAACCAUUUUAACUCAAAUCAUCCUGUUCAACCGCCGCAGAGAGGGAGAGGUAUCAAGUAUGCCUUUAUCUGCAUUUUUAACCAGGGACACCUCUGAUCCACAUGCUGAUGUAGACUGGGCAUUGUCUGAAGUUGAGAAGAAACUGUGCAGACAUUUCUCAAGAAUUGUCAUCAGGGGAAAAAGAGGACGUCCAGUUCCUGUUCUACUGACACCAAAAAUGCUGGGUGCAUUGGAGUUGCUCGUAAAGAACAGGGAGACUUGUGGAGUGCUAAAGGAAAAUGUUUAUCUUUUUGCUCGGCCAACAGCAAUGUCGCAUUACAGAGGCUCUGACUGCAUCCGUAACUUUGCCAAGCAUUGUGGUGCAGAUAGUCCAUAUGCACUUACAUCCACAAAAUUACGAAAACAGGCAGCAACUCUUUCUAGAGUCCUAAAUCUGAGGGACACGGACUUGGAUCAGUUAGCAAACUUUCUUGGACAUGAUAUCCGAAUUCAUCGGGAAUACUAUCGCCUUCCUGAAAAGACCCUACAGCUUGCAAAAGUCAGCAAAGUGCUUAUGGCGUUAGAACAAGGAAGAGUUGGGCAGUUUAAGGGCAAGAAUUUGGAUGAGAUCACUAUUGAUCCAAAUGAGGAAAUGGAGUUAAACAGUGAUGAAAUAAUGAGUGAGGAAGGUGAGAAAUGUGAAGAACAUGAAGACACUCAAGCAGAUGUCGGGGUGCCACCAGUGGACACUGAAAUCGUGCACACCGUGGAGAUGAAUUCUCUUCAAAGGUCUUCUAAAGGUAAAACUUCUACUCUGAAAAAGAGGAAGGCUUGGGAAGUAAACGAGGUCACCGCAGUGGAGAGACAUAUGAAGACUUUCAUCAUGUCAUGCCGUGUCCCAGGGAAGUUGGCCUGUCAAUACUGCAUUACAGCUGAGCCUUUAGCUCUUAAAGAUAGAGACUGGCAAAGUGUCAAAUUCUAUGUCUACAAUCGCAUUGUAGCUUAUAAGAGAGAUCUAAACAAGAAUGAUUAGAUAAGAUGGAUAAUGGCACUUUGGUACUUUUUCUAGUUCUUCUUUAAGUUAUGUUCCAUCUCUAGGCUAUCACGUUAAUGAACCAGUCAGCAUUUAUUUCAUAAGAAAACUAAUCAGGAGCAGAUCAAGUAUUUCAAUAUUUAUAAGAACCCUUACCUACACAUUGAUACUGCAUCCAAUCAAAUUUAUUUUGGCCACCUCCUUUCAUUUUACUGCCACUGCCUUUUGUUUGGGCAAUAAAAGCUCCAAUGUGCUGCCCAUUUAUUUGUUUAGCCUAGCUAGCUUGGCAAAUGUUGUUAAAUUGUUAGCUGCCACUUUUUAGAGUAGUCAGUUUAGGUAGAUAAAUAAAGAUUAAGGCCAUAUUCAUGUUUUGGAAAAAAUCCUUUCAUUUGUGUAUACUAAGUAAUGUGCAGUAUGCAAGGUUUGAGGUGAUUGUAAGGGUCAAAAUUUUUAUUUUGGUUGCUGAAAGUUUUUGAUCCAAAUACUUGAAUGCAAUUUAUUUGUAAUUAGUUAAUUAUGAAGUAAAUGCUAGUCAGGCCUAGCCAGUUAUAGAAUGUUCAGUGCUUGUUAUAGUAUGUUAUAGAGAAUACUCAUUUACUUUUGGAUGUUGAUGUAAGUGUAAAUAAGAGUUGUGCUUUUAACAGCUUUGUAUUACACUAAAUAUGAGAGAGUUUAUUCAUAGUACAUGUGAGCUUUUAGUAAAUUUAAUGAGACUUUCUGUUGACUUUGGCAGUAAAGAAGCUCAAGACUCAAGUUGUCUGUUAUGUUAAAUAAACAGGGCUUUUCCUGA